AUGGGUUUGAAUGCAAAGGAAAUUUCACUUCGUUUGUGCAAAAUGAUUGUGGCUUUUUGCAACACAAGCUACGCAUUUGUUCAGAAGCAUCCAGUAGUGUCUGGUGUUUUCUCAGUCUCCUUCAUCCUCUACAUAUUCCUCUCUUACAUUUACAGCUUCCUGGUUUACUUGUCCCCAUUUAUUGUAGUCACUGCCAUUUUCAUCAGAAUAUUCUGGAGUUCUGAGCAACCCCAGCUGAGAUAUGUCAAAAGAGAGAGGAGAAGGAGUGACUUGAAGCAUUCGAGGCUCGCCGGCAAGUAUUGCAGAAGUGACUUUGUUCUUGACAGAUACUAUACCUAUUCCUCACAUUAUAACACGAGUAGAAGAAAAAGUUGCAGAGACAAGAAAUGGGGUUUGCAUGGCGGUAAUACUGAAUUUGACAAUGCUGUUUCUGAGAUAAAUUCAGAGAACAAAGGCCAUAACUCUCUUGACAGAUCUAGAGAUGGUUCUUCUGAUCAUUGCUUGCCUGCCAAGAAAUCUGCGAGUCCUAGUCGGCAAACCUUGCGCUCUGAGCCUUCAAUGAGUGACUUGGUGCAUUUUGGUAUCAUGGAAGGAAUUAAAGAAGAUGAGAAUGAAGGGCAAAAGGAUGAUGAUGAUAGGAUUAAAGAUGUAGUAGGCUGGCCAAAGAAUGAUAAGAAAGAUUCCAUGGAUCUCGGAUUUUCAGAGUUAGAAAGAAAAUGUAGGAUGGAGAGUCUCAUUGCCAACAGUAGAGCAAGACAAGAAUUGAAGAUGCAGCUUGAGAAAGGUGUGAAUCCAACUCAUCAUCUUGCUCCUGUGCUUGUAACAAGAAACAACAGUUUUAAAGGUUUAAGGAGAUUUGGAGUUGAUGGAAGAGAAUUGCCUGAUUCUGCACCAUCCAUAAUUCGACCCUCAAGGACUUUUAACUUUCUCUAUAAUUCGUCUCAGGAGAAACCUACUUUCCAUCAAGAAUCCACUCUAGGGAACCAGAAAGACAAGGCAAUCUCCAGGCAUCAAAGCUUUAAUUUAGGCAGAUUUAGAAGAUUUCCAGAUAAGGGAAAGGGAAGCCAUGACAGGUUAAUUGAGCAAUUGUUCUCCAAAAGUGGCAAUUUUGACAGUGAUGGAAGUGGUUUGAAAUCUCCCAAACCACAAAGCAAUUCCAAGGAACCUGAUAGGAAUAAUGGGUCUGCAGGAACUGAUCAGAAUGUCUCAAGUUUUCAAAGAGAUGGACUUUCAGAGAAGCCAGAACCAAGAGUUCAACAUAUGCCUCCAGAAAAAUUACUCCAAUUUCCAAUAUCUAAUAGCACUAGUAUAAAUGAAUCUCUGUUCAAAUCUCUUGCUGCUCCCAUUGAGAAGAACCAUGAAAAUAUGUUCUACGCUGGGAGGCAAAUUCGUAAAACUCCAACACAAUCCAUAGCUUCUGACUUACAAGUAGAGGUUUCAGAAGUUGGUUCACCAACAAAAGCACUUAACGACUCCAUUUUAAGCUCAGAAGAAGAAUCUUCAGUAUAUGAUGGGGAUAAUGAGAAAGACUAUUCAUCUGGAAGUGAAGAUAUCUGGGGAAACUCAGUCCAUGUGAGAGAUGUACAUGGAAUUGGUGAUUUUGAGGGUACUCCAAAAGCAAUCAUUAACUCCAAUAAGGAUGUUCUCUCACCAUGUCCCUUGCAAGAGAUAGAUGAAGAAAAUUCAGCUGAUGUGAGUUCAGUGUCAUCGACAUGUGAGUUACCUGGAGACACGCCGACUUGUGCGGUAAGUUAUGAUCAGGACCUUUUUGGUGAUAGGAGAGAAACCGUGGUGCAAAACGAAACAGCUCAGCCUUUGAAUUCUUUAGAUGUUCCAUCUUCCCAAGCAAACUCAGAAAGAUUAGAGGAAUGGGGUAACCUUUAUGAGAAUUACACGAAGAAGGAAGAAGAUGAUGCUAUAGAUAUGAAUGACUCAGCAACAAUGGACAAAGAUCACACAGAUAACAAGACUGCGCAUCAAAAAUCAAUGGCUGAUAUCUCUGAUCAAUCAAAUUUGUCCUUUCCACCAAAGGCUGUGUUACCAAAGAAGAACCCAACAGAGGAAGUUCGACAAUCUAAGAUGCAGGAUAUGGCAAAAACAACUUCAAGCGGUGAACACCAUUCACAGACAAGUCAUGCUGAUGAAGCUAUGUCAGACAUUGAAGCCAAGAAAGAUGCUCAAGAUAAUUCUGCUCAUUUGGCAGAAAAAGAAGCCAUUGAUUUAACAAAAGUAGCAGCCGGAACAAGCAGUGCAAACAUUCCCACGGGAGAAAAGGUUCCAUGGAGUAAAGAGAAAGAAGUUGAAUCCCAAACAUUGGUGAACCAGGAUUCUUCUGCAGAAACACGUAUGAAUGCUAAAGCAAUGGAUUCAAGAGCUUCCAUCAAUGUUGAGGGGAAACAUGAUGAUUCAAAGGAGAAUGAAGCCAUUUUUUGGUCCAGAUCAGAAACUGAACAUUCUAAAAAACCUAGACGAGUAAUUCAACCUGAGAAUUUUAUGCCAAAUAUGAAACAUGGCGAACUUUCUCAUGAAGACGAGCCUCACAAGAUGCAACAUUAUAGAAGUGGCUAUUUAACCACAUAA